GUCCCUUUUUUCGCUUGUUCGAAUUCCUUGUAUUUGAGAUUUGUCUCCUUUUGUUUAUUUUGAUUUUAAAUUCAAUUUCAUAAUGGAUGCUGAGGACGAUAAAUACUUCGGUUUGUGCAAAUGUUGCUUCCAAGACGGCAGCUUCAGGAGCUUGUGGGCUGAACACGAAGACAACGGGGUGGUGCAGAACUACGGGGAAAUGCUCAAUGAAUGCUUUUCGCUACAAUGGCUGAAACCUGACAACGACCAACUGGACCAGAUUUGCGAUGAGUGCUCCAAGCGGACCAUAGACGCUUACAGUUUCCGGCAGCUUAUCUUGUCGAGCCAGAAGCAGCUUGUAUCCUGCACUGAGCCUGAAGUUACAGAAGUCCUUGACGCAGAAUCCGGUGAAAUAACAGUCAUCAUAAAACAUGAAACGGAAGAGUUUGAAGACUACGAAGAGGCGGAAUAUGAGGAGGUCGAGUAUUUGGAGACAGAGGACGGGAGGGAGUUCAACGUGGAAAUACUCAAUGCGGAGGAGGAACAUGUUGAUGACCCAGAUUAUUACCCGGAAGUGCCCAUCAAACAGGAAACAAGGUGGCGGCCGAAGAAGAAGCGAGGCGAGAGGAAGCGAACUUACAAGAACUACACCGCUGAAGAUCUGAAGCAGAGCUUUGAGGCAGCCAAAAGCGGUCGGAUGUCAGUGGCGGAGGCGGCCGCCGCGUACAACGUGCCGCGGAAGACUGUUGCCGCACGACUUUUAAAUGAUAGGAGAGGCAUACCCAUUUUUACAAAAACCGAGAAAGACGACGGCCUAAUAAAGGAAGUGAAGACACUCUUAACUUAUACCAACAUGACGCCAUACAAGUCUCGCACGGCGCACUACCACUGCGCCUAUUGCGGCACCGAGGGACCCAUGUUCGAAGACACGGACGAACUGAGGACCCAUACGAGGACACAGCACGCUGGCGAAAGAACCAAAGCGGUAGAGAACUUCCUUCGCCCACUCUGGCUGAACGAGAUCCUCAAAGUUGACAUCGAGAACCUACUCUGCACCGUCUGCUGCACCGCUCUCCUCACAUGGAACGACAUGUUCAAACACCUCACCGAGAAGCAUAACCUCAUCUUCGAAGAGGCCUACACUCGAGUCAUACCUUAUAUACUAUCCCCGGAGAUCCACUGCGCUCUAUGUAAAACCAGGUUCCCGAAUUACCACCAUCUCGAUGCACAUAUGAACGCUCAUUACAAUAAUUAUGUUUGCUCCGAGUGUGGUGACACAUUUCUAGCAUCGUCCCGGUUAAAGAAACAUCUCAAAAUCCAUGAUACAGGCAGAUUUGUCUGCGAUGAGUGCGGAAAGGUAUUCACUUUAGACAAGUAUAGGAAGAAACAUGUCGAACUAGUGCAUAAGCUCGAACAUAAAAUUCAGUGUCUAUAUUGUCCGGAGAAGUUCUUAAACACUUAUCCGAGACAUUUACAUGUAUUAGAACAUCAUAAAGAAAAAGUUAAGUCUAUAACAUGUGAACUGUGUGGAAGGAUUUUCGAUUGGAGACCAUAUUUCCUAGCCCACGUUCGUAGGACGCAUAAUAAUGAAAAGAACUAUUCUUGCACAGUUUGCAAUCGUAGGUUUUUCCUAAAAACCGAGUUGAAAAGACAUGAAAUGGCGGCGCAUUUGAAAGUGAAGCCAAAGUGUAGGGCGGUCGCUCAGCUACCUAAUCCCAAGCCGGGUAAAUACGCGUGUAGUUUCUGUGGGAAACAGUAUUCUAAUAAGAAUUGUUUAAUCACUCAUUUUAAUACGCAUGAAGUUGUGUUAGAUGUGGAUCAGUUGAAGGCUAUUACUGAGAAAUGUGAAGUUAGUAAGAGCGGGCUUAGCACUUCUAUUGAUUCUUAAAAAAAAAAAAGUAAAUCUAUUGAUAACUUCGGAAUGUAUUGACCUUCUUCUUCUUCCUUGCGUUAUUUGCUACAGCUCAUGGGAGCCUGAGGUCCGCUUUGACAACUAAUCCCAAGAUUUGGAGGCACUAGUUUUACGAAAGCGACUG